AGAUGCGCGACGCAUGCCGCAGCUUGUGCAGUCAACUCGCAUCUUUUGCCACGCACCUACAUAAAAAUCACAAAACAAGAGGAAAAAAACAUAAAAGAAUCUUAAUGCCGCGCACAUGGAAAAGGAUUUAGGAUUGUGGAGCAUCUACGCAGGAGGAGAGGAUCGGUUUUAUCUCAAUACCGGAGAGCAAAAGGCAGCAGGUUCAAGUUUGACCGUGUGGAGGAGUAACAUCUUACUCUUCCAGCCCCGGUGGACUCAUGAUGGCCCUCACGGUUCACCUCAAGUCGGUCGCCAACCUCCGGGGGAAAGGUGACCGCGUCGCCAAAGUCACAUUUCGAGGAUUGUCCUUCUACAGCCGUGUGGCGGCCAACUGUGAGGAGGUGGCUCACUUUAAUGAGAUCUUUCGAUGGCCAAUUGCAAGCAGGUUGGAUGGCAGCGAGAUGCUGGAGAUCCAAGUUUACAAUUACAGUAAAGUCUUCAGUAACAGAUCGGUGGGGAAUUUCUGCAUGGUCCUCCAGAAGGUGGCAGAGGAGGGGCAUCUCGAAUUGACUGAAACACUCAUAGACGAUAAUAACACGUCCAUAAACACCAGCGUUACAAUAGAAAUCAGAUACCAGUCAAUAGAUGGCACAGAGGGCACGUGGAGUAACGGAGAGCAUCUGGAUGUUCCCGAUGACCGUGAUGGGAUGUUUACUUUUGAGACAGACAGCUUGCUCUCAGGACAAAGCCAGCGAUCGGGGGCAUCGACAAAACGAUCUUUGCAAGGAUCCAUACCGACGUUCAGAAAAUCAGGCAAAGGAGUGUUUGCAUCCAUGAAGCUCGGCAAGAUCAGGAGUUCGAAAGAUGAUCACAAGAAAGAUGAGCCAGCAGUGCUGGACAUGGAAGACCUAGACAAGAAGGCGAUACGUCUCGCUGGAAUGUUGGAACCGGACACCAUCUCUCUGGCAUCUGUAACUGCCGUCACAACAAACAUCUCCAAUAAGAGGUCCAAACCAGAUAUCAAGAUGGAGCCAAGUUCAGGACGACCAGUGGAUUACCAGAUUAGCAUCACCAUCAUCGAGGCCCGCCAGCUAAUUGGCCUCAACAUGGACCCCGUGGUGUGUGUGGAGAUUGGCGAUGACAAGAAGUACACAUCCAUGAAGGAAUCCACCAACUGUCCCUACUACAAUGAGUAUUUUGUCUUUGACUUUCAUGUACCCCCAGAUGUCAUGUUUGAUAAGAUCAUUAAGCUUUCGGUCAUUCAUUCUAAAAAUCUUCUUCGGAGUGGAACGCUGGUUGGUACCUUCAAGAUGGAUGUUGGAACUGUUUACCAUCAGCCCGAGCACCAGUUCUAUCACAAGUGGGCCAUCCUAUCCGACCCUGUUGACAUCACAGCGGGAUGCAAAGGCUACCUGAAGUGUGACGUGGCCGUGGUGGGAAAAGGCGACAAUAUCAAGACCCCCCACAAGGCCAACGAGACCGAUGAGGAUGACAUCGAGGGGAACCUGCUUCUCCCAGAAGGCAUCCCGGCUGAACGUCAGUGGGCGAGGUUUUAUGUAAAAGUCUAUCGUGCCGAGGGGCUUCCUAAAAUGAACACCAGCAUAAUGGCUAACGUGAAGAAGGCCUUCAUAGGAGAGAAUCGGGACCUGGUGGACCCUUACGUUCAAGUGCACUUUUCUGGGCAGAAAGGGAAGACCUCAGUGCAAAAAAGCAGUUAUGAACCCAUCUGGAAUGAGCAAAUUGUCUUCACUGAGCUGUUCCCUCCUCUCUGCAAACGUAUGAAGGUUCAAAUCCGUGACUCAGAUAAGGUGAAUGAUGUUGCCAUAGGAACCCACUUCAUUGACCUGCGCAAAAUAUCUAAUGACGGUGACAAAGGGUUCUUGCCCACCUUGGGUCCAGCCUGGGCCAACAUGUAUGGCUCUACACGUCAAUAUACCCUAAUGGACGAGCACCAGGACUUAAAUGAUGGACUGGGCGAAGGUGUAUCCUUCCGAGCCCGUCUGCUUCUCUCUGUUGCUGUGGAGAUCCUCGACACGACAUCCCCAGAGAUCCUCAGCUCCACUGAGGUUCAGGUGGAUUCUGUCUCCAACAUCUCAGAGAGUGCUACAGGAAAAAUGGAGGAGUUCUUCCUCUUUGGAGCCUUCCUGGAAGCCACCAUGAUCGACCGAAAGAUUGGCGACAAACCGAUUACUUUUGAGAUUACGAUUGGUAACUAUGGCAACCAAAUAGAUGGCACAAGCAAGCCAUCAUCGUUGAGGAAGAAGAAAAAGGAUGGAGAAAAUAACGAGGAGGACAGCGAGCUCAUCCAAAACUCCAGCGAGGACGAGGCCGAUGAGGAAGGCGACAUGGAUUCGGUUUCCUGCACACCCCUCAUGAAGCCUGUCAUCACAGACAGGAAUUACUUCCACCUUCCAUACUUUGAGAAGAAACCAUGUGUGUACAUCAAAAGCUGGUGGCAGGACCAACGGCGACGACUGUACAACUCCAACAUGAUGGACAAGAUUGCUGACAAGCUGGAGGAGGGCAUAAACGAUGUUCAAGAGAUCAUUAAAACAGAGAAGGCCUUCCCAGAGCGCCGACUCAGAGGAGUUCUAGAAGAAUUGAGUAUUGGCUGCAGUCGGUUUGUGAAUUUAGCUAACAAGGACCUAAAUCAAGCUGGAAGAACAAAACUGGACCGGGAAAGACUCAAGUCCUGCAUGAGGGAAAUGGAAAACAUGGGCCAGCAAGCCAAACAGAUGAGAACACAAGUGAAGAAAAACACAGUGAAAGACAGACUAAAGCUGGUGCAAAACUUCUUGCAGAGACUUCGUUUCCUCGCUGAUGAGCCACAACAUAGCAUCCCGGAUGUUUUCGUGUGGAUGAUGAGCAACAAUAAACGCAUCGCCUAUGCUCGCAUUCCCUCGAAGGACAUCCUUUACUCACUUGUGGAUGAGGAGACAGGGAGAGACUGUGGGAAGGUCAAAGCAGUGUUUCUAAAGCUGCCUGGUAAAAAGGGUUUCGGGCCAGCUGGUUGGACCGUUCAGGCAAAGCUGGAGUUGUACUUGUGGCUCGGCCUCAACAAGCAAAGAAAAGAUUUCCUCAGUGGGCUUCCCAAUGGUUUUGACGAAAUUAAAGUUGCUAAAACAACGCCCUAUCUUCACUCGGCACCGCCUGUCAGCCUCGUUUAUGAAAUGAAGCAGGUCUUCCAAUUGAGAGCACAUAUGUACCAGGCGCGGAGCCUGUUUGCAGCGGACAGCAGCGGCCUCUCCGACCCCUUUGCCAGAGUCUUCUUCUCUACGCAUAGUCAGGUUACUGAGGUUCUAAGUGAGACCCUGUGCCCCACUUGGGACCAACUACUGGUUUUCGAUGAUGUGGAGCUUUUUGGGGAGGCCAGCGAGCUACGAGAUGACCCGCCAAUUAUCGUGGUGGAAAUUUACGACCAAGACACAGUGGGCAAAGCGGAGUUUAUAGGUCGGACAUUUGCCAAGCCAACCAUAAAGAUGUGCGAUGAGCACUACGGCCCCCCGAGGUUUCCGCCUCAGCUGGAGUACUUUCAGAUUUACAGAGGCAACUGCACUGCCGGAGAACUGCUAGCUGCCUUUGAGCUCCUUCAGAUACCUUUUGAUGGAGAGGAGAUUAGACGAGCUCUGAUUGCUGUCCAUAACUUUGCUGUUCCUCAGAUAAAGAUUGGUCAAGGAGGGACGGCCGAUCUCCCUCCCCUCGAAGGACCGACAGACACCGAGCACGGCCCAAUUAUAGCAGUUCCAUUGGGGAUCCGACCUGUCCUGAGUCGCUACCGCAUUGAGGUCUUGUUUUGGGGCUUAAGGGAUCUUAAGAGGGUUAACCUAGCCCAGGUGGAUCGACCCAGAGUGGACAUUGAAUGUGCUGGGAGAGGUGUUCAAUCUGUCCUUAUUCAAAACUACAAGAAGAACCCGAAUUUCAGUACGUUGGUUAAAUGGUUUGAGGUGGACCUCCCUGAGAAUGAGCUCCUCCACCCUCCACUCAACAUCAGGGUGGUUGACUGCAGGGCAUUUGGUCGCUACACCCUGGUUGGUUCCCACGCAGUCACCUGUCUGAGGCGUUUCCUCUACUGUGCUCCCGACAACACAUCAAGUAACUGGGGCAGCGCAGCUAAACUAAUGAAUGGCUACAUGGUCCUAACCAAUGGAGGCUCCCAGCACGGCUUCUCACCCAGCGUUUCCUCCCGCACUUUCUCUCACUCCACAGGAGACAUUAUCGUUAACAUGGAUUCGAUGGAGCCAGCCGUCCGGAAAAUGGACACGUGCGUCAAGUUAGAUGCUACAUCUGAUGCAGUUGUUAAAGUUGACAUGAUUGAAGAUGAAAGCGAGAAAGAGAAAAAAAAGAAGAAAAAGAAAAAGAAGGGAGCAGUGGAUGAAGAAGAUGAGACAGAUGAGAGCGUGCUGGAUUGGUGGUCCAAAUAUUUUGCUUCCAUAGAGACAAUGAAGGAGGCCCUUAGAGCUCAAGAAGCAGCUUUGGCCGAAGCCGAAGAAAGAGAAGACCUGGAAAUUGCAGCUGAGGCGGCAGAUAUCAAAAGCGAUGACCUUGUUUGGAAAGGCUCCAGGUUGAAGGAGAGGAACAAGGAGAAGAGAAAUGCCAAGGACAAGAAGAAGGUUCAUGCUGUGGACGGAAUUGAGAAACGAAUGGUUAAACCCAAAGUAGACGAGAUGAUGGUGUACAACAAGGAGCUGGAGAAUGAAUACGGCCAGUUUGAGGACUGGCUACAUACUUUCAACCUGUACAGAGGGAAAGCUGGAGACAAUGACGAACACGCACUGGAUGAUGACCGGAUCGUUGGGCGGUUUAAAGGUUCCUUGUGUAUGUACAAGCUACCAUUAUCAGAGGAAAUCACAAGAGAUGUGGGAUUUGAUCCAAACAUGGGCAUGUUCCAGAGCAUUCCUCAUAACGACCCCAUUAACGUGCUUGUCCGAGUGUAUGUGGUUAGGGCCACAGAUCUUCAUCCUGCGGACAUCAACGGGAAGGCAGAUCCGUAUGUGGUCAUCAAGCUAGGGAAGUCUGAGGUCAAGGAUAAAGAAAACUACAUUUCCAAGCAACUUAAUCCAGUGUUUGGCAAGUCCUUUGACAUUGAAGCAACAUUCCCCAUGGAAUCCAUGCUGACAGUUUCCGUGUAUGACUGGGAUCUGGUUGGUACCGAUGACCUGAUUGGCGAGACCAAGAUCGACCUGGAAAAUCGCUUCUACAGCAAAUACAGGGCCACCUGUGGCAUCUCAUCUACCUACUCUCUCCAUGGAUACAAUGUUUGGAGAGAUCCUUUAAAGCCUAGCCAGAUUCUAGCAAAGCUAUGUAAGGAAGGCAAGAUUGAUUCUCCUCAGUAUGGACCAGGAGGGAAAGUCAAGGUGGCCAAUCGCAUCUUUGUGGGACCAACAGAGAUUGAGGAUGAAAACGGUCUGAAAAAGCAGACUGAAGAGCAUUUGGCGCUGACGGUGCUGAACCAUUGGGAGGACAUACCCCGGGUAGGCUGCCGACUUGUUCCGGAACAUGUGGAGACCAGGCCCCUGCUGAAUCCAGAUAAACCGGGCAUCGAGCAGGGUCGUAUCGAAAUGUGGGUGGACAUGUUUCCCAUGGACAUGCCAGCUCCUGGACCUGCCAUUGACAUAUCUCCGCGGAAGCCCAAAAGAUAUGAACUCAGGGUGAUUAUUUGGAAUACAGACGAAGUAAUACUGGAGGACGAUGAUUACUUCACUGGGGAAAAGUCCAGUGACAUAUUUGUGAGGGGAUGGCUUAAGGGGCAACAAGAAGACAGGCAGGACACAGACGUGCACUACCACUCCCUGACCGGAGAAGGAAAUUUCAACUGGCGUUUCGUCUUCCCCUUCGAUUACCUCAUGGCGGAGGAGAAGAUCGUCAUCUCCAAGAAAGAAUCUAUGUUUUCUUGGGAUGAGACCGAGUAUAAGAUCCCGGCUCGUCUCACCCUGCAGGUGUGGGACGCUGACCACUUCUCAGCCGAUGACUUUCUGGGUGCCAUCGAACUGGAUCUAAAUCGCUUCCCUCGCGGGGCCAAGACAUCUAAGCAGUGCUCCAUCGACUUGAUACGGAAUGAGCAGGAACUUCCUUCCAUUUCCAUUUUUAAGCAAAAGAGGGUUAAGGGAUGGUGGCCAUUUGUGGCCCGUGAUGAGAAUGAUGAGAUGGAGCUGACGGGAAAAGUGGAGGCUGAACUCCAUUUGGUUACUGCAGAGGAGGCAGAGAAAAGUCCAGUAGGACUUGGAAGAAAUGAGCCUGAUCCACUGGAGAAACCAAACCGGCCAGACACGACCUUCCUGUGGUUCCUGAGCCCGCUGAAAGCCAUCCGCUACCUGGUGUGCAACCGCUACAAGUGGCUCAUCAUCAAGAUCGUGCUGGCACUGCUAAUGCUCAUUAUGGUGGGCCUCUUCCUGUACAGUAUGCCGGGCUACCUCGUCAAGAAGCUGCUCGGGGCAUGAAGCGAAACAGCAAGCGGGCUAGAGCAAUGGGCGGUUUGCGGGAGGUUUUAUGCUGGCUCGGGUUUUAUAGUGCUCUCUUCAUGAGCCUCUCUCACAGGAAGGGGAGUGAAUUGAAUCAGUUUUCAUAUACAGUGGUAGCCUGACUUGCCUAAUUCAUUCAGUGGCCAUGCUUUGAACUCAAGUCAUGCAUAUCUUGAAAUGAAUGGAAAUGUUAUCAAUCUGUUCCAGAUAAUUCAUGCACAAUUCUCAACACAGUUUUACUUUGUCUGCAAGGAAAAGAACAUGAUUUGAUGGAUUUUGUAAGGUUCAUUGACGCCACCUAGAGGUGGAUUGUCUGACACUUAAUCCUAAAUGAAAUCUUCAUAGACAAGCUACCACUGUAUUGUGUGUAACAUUUCACUUUUAAAGCAAAACUAGCACUAGCCUCCCUAUAAGCAGAAAAGAAGAUUGCUGGGUUCUUCUUAUUUUUGCUUUGCAUCAUUUUAGUUCAUUGACACCAAUUUCCAUCUGGGGUUGCCAUGGUAAUGAUAGAGCGGCUACAUUUUUUAUCAAUUAAAAGCAGUUGAAGCAUCUAUGAUUCAUAAGGUGUUAGUUUGAGGUCCAAUUAUCUUAUACUUUCUCUAACAAGACCUAAACAUAAUGCUAAUUAGCUGACUUUGUCCUCGACUAUGAGUGAACACAAUAGAAUGACAACCCCAAUUUGAGAUGUCUUGACAAUGAUUUUUAACCAAUUCAUUUUUGAUGGUUAAGAAUUUAUUUAGUUGUAUACAGCAGUUGGGUGGAAAUGAUGAGUUUCUGCUUCACUAUUUUGUACCAAGAGUCUUUGCACACGUCUGAAAUAUUCGGGAAAACUAAAUAAGAUGUCUAUUUUGCUAAGGAAAGAAAAAGGGGUAAUGUUAUUAUUUCAUAUAAGAUCCUGUAAUAAGUUGUUGGCAUCAGGCAAAUUGGAAAACUGUACAGAUUUAAUCUUCUUUUUCUUUGUCAUUUUAAUUUGUAUGUAAAUGUUAGGUUCCAUGUCAAAGUGCACACCUCACCGAGACAAACAAGGUCGCAUGUUAGCAUGACGGUGUUUUAACUCCACAUUCAGUGUUGUGAUUAACAUACAAAUUGACCCACCAAAUCUGAUAGUUUUUUUUUGUUUUGUUUCGUAUGUUUUGUUUCGUUGUUUCAAAUGCCUGCACUCGAAUUGUUGUUUGACGUUUGUGACUCUGCUGUUUACUGAUGACACACUUCCUGUUUGCACUAAACCUGUCUGUUUUUACCACUAAUUUGUGUAUUUAUAGAAAUGUGUGCAAUGUAUUUUUUGUCUGCUUGUUUUUUGCUAAUUCAAAUAAAGUGAAUAACACAUAUUA